AACGCGUCUCAGCUGCGCCGACGUCUCUCUGGCGUCACUCGUGCUCGCCCUCUGUCUAGCGUCCCUGCAGCGCCGACGUCGUGGCGUCAUUAAAGCGCGCCCCCUACCCUGCUCUGCUGUGGGGACUGCUCGGCUUUCCGACAUGUGCCAGGUGGGCGAGGACUACGUGGAGCCGCCGUCCUGUGAGCCCCCGUCGGCGCCCAGCCCCGGCCGUGGGCAGAAGUGUGUGAAGUGCAAGGUGGGCGAGCCGGUGGUGGUGAUCCGAGCUGGAGAUGCCUUUUGCAGGGACUGUUUCAAGGCCUUCUAUGUCCACAAGUUCAGAGCUAUGCUAGGGAAGAACCGGCUCAUCUUUCCGGGUGAGAAGGUGCUCUUGGCAUGGUCUGGUGGGCCCUCAUCCAGCUCCAUGGUCUGGCAGGUCCUUGAGGGCCUGAGUCAGGACUCUGCUAAGAGGCUGCGUUUUGUGCCAGCGGUCAUCUAUGUGGACGAGGGCGCAGCCUGCGGCCAGAGCCCAGAGGACAGAGCAAAGACCCUCACCGAGGUGAAACAGGUUUUGCACAUUGUCAACUUCCCAUGGCAUAUCGUGGCCCUGGAAGAGGUGUUCAGCCUGCCGCCAUCAGUGCUGCGGUGCUGUCCCCAGGAGCCGGCCGGGACAGAGGAUGCCUACAAGGCUGCCGUGGACAGCUUUCUCCAACAGCACCUCGUGCUGGGGGCUGAGGGGGAGGAGGAGCAGCCCUGGCCCCAGAGCCAGGACCCCCACAGUCCCCCAAGCCUUGCCAGGUCCCCCUCUGCCGCCCAUACUGAGGCCCUGUGCAGACUGUUUGAAUCUGUGAGGACGCUGACGGCCAAGGAAGAGCUUUUGCAGACCCUGCGAAGCCACCUGAUCCUGCACGUGGCUCGAGCCCAUGGCUACUCCAAGGUGAUGACCGGGGACAGCUGCACCCGCCUGGCCAUCAAACUCAUGACCAACCUGGCCCUGGGCCGAGGGGCCUUCCUCGCCUGGGACACGAACCUCAGCAAAGAGCCCCACCCCCAGGGCUUCUCCGACGAGCGACACGGGGAUGUGGUGGUGGUGCGGCCCAUGAGGGACUACAUGCUGAAGGAGGUGGCCUUCUACAACCGUCUGUUUGCCGUCCCCUCGGUCUUCACACCGGCUGUGGACACUAAGGCCCCCGAGAAAGCUAGCAUCCACCGGCUGAUGGAGGCCUUCAUCCUCAGGCUGCAGGCCCAGUUCCCCUCCACAGUCAGCACUGUGUACAGGACAGGCGAGAAGCUGGUCAAGGCGCCCAGGGAGGGCUGUGCGGGAGGGCCCUUGGGCCCCCGCUGCCUCCUCUGCAUGUGUACACUUGACAUCGACACUGCUGACAGUGCCACGGCUUUUGGGGCUCAGACCUCAAAUCUCUCCCAGAUGCUGCCGUCCACCCUGCAGGCUGAGGCUGGGAUGCCCACAGCGCCCUGCUGUGCUGUAGGCGAGAACCCCAGCUGUUGUUGGAAGGCCUGCCGGAGAGAGGAUACCACCCAGGCCCAGGUCACCCAGCAGCUGUGCUAUGGCUGUCGGGGGAACAUGAGGGACCUGCCCUCGCUGGAUCCCUUGCCCCCCUACAUCCUGGCCGAGGCCCAGCUCCGCAGCCAGAGGGCCCAGGUCAUGCAGGAGAUCCAGGAGUAUCUGAUCGAGGACAGCGGUGACGAGGUUGAGACUGCGACCGCUCAGAGCUGAGCCCAGGACAUGUUGUGGCCCAUGUGGGCCACUCUCACCCCUGCUGGAAGGCAAGGCUGCAGGGCUGGCACGGGAAGAUGUCCUGGCACAGCUUGAGGAUGCGGUCCACACAGGGCAGCUCCUCAAACAUGAUGGAGUGCGAGAUCUCGCUGAAGAAGCUACGCACAAACUUGCCGAUGACCAGCACGAUGGACACGUACAGUCCCAUGAUGCUGUAAAGGGGCGGAGGUUGCAGUUGGUGCGGCAGUCCUGCAGCUCGAUGACCCACCACUCCAGGAAGCCUGCAGCUCCCGAGCCCACCUGU